CGAUUUAUGUUCUAUUAUUGUAUACCGUUGGAUCUUUCUAGCCAACGAGUCAAUCAGGCAUUGGUAUUCGGUUCGGCUAACCCCGGUUUCGAAUAAUUCGGUUCUGGAAGUAAGGGAUCCGAAUUGAAACCGAAAUAAAUUUUACGAAAAUUUUUGGUUAGCUUAAUUUUAAUGAUAACUCAUAACCGAACCGAAAACCAAAUUUAUAUAAAACCAUUGAGCCAAAUCGGAUAAUAUGGUGUACCACGAAUCCAACCCAAAAAGCAUUGGUUAACUGCAAAUCAGAUAAUGACACGUCGUCAAUCAUCUCUAAGAACGUUCCAGAGACGAAAAUGGAGAAAAAGAUGAUCGAAUUCUCCAGAAACCAAUCUUCGUAUAUAUAAAUAUCACAAUCCUCUCAACAACAUUCUUCAUCUUCAUCGUUUCUCAAUUUCAAAACUCAGAUUAAUAAAAUUUUCGCGUUGUUCCUUUCUCUCAAUUCAUCGACGAUGCCGAGCAGAUACCCAGGAGCAGUAACACAAGACUGGGAACCAGUAGUUCUCCACAAAUCAAAACAAAAGAGCCAAGACCUACGCGAUCCGAAAGCGGUUAACGCAGCUCUGAGAAACGGUGUCGCGGUUCAAACGGUUAAGAAAUUCGAUGCCGGUUCGAACAAAAAGGGGAAAUCUACGGCGGUUCCGGUGAUUAACACGAAGAAGCUGGAAGAAGAAACAGAGCCUGCGGCGAUGGAUCGUGUGAAAGCAGAGGUGAGGUUGAUGAUACAGAAAGCGAGAUUGGAGAAGAAGAUGUCACAAGCGGAUUUGGCGAAACAGAUCAAUGAGAGGACUCAGGUAGUUCAGGAAUAUGAGAAUGGUAAAGCUGUUCCUAAUCAGGCUGUGCUUGCGAAGAUGGAGAAGGUUCUAGGUGUUAAACUUAGGGGUAAAAUUGGGAAAUGAUUAAACGAUGUCGUUUAUCUUGUAUUUUGUUGACCAAUGUAAAAAGUAAAAAAAAAGUCUUGUUGUUUUGUUUGAUAAAUGAAAAAACAAUAUAUAUCUUUCAUUUCUUUUAUAUAUAGUUAUAUUGAUGACAUAAAACCGUAUACCUUUAUUGUUA